AUGUCCACUCUUCUGCAAGACUCAAUAUUCGGCCAGGCCGUCCGAAUCCUCACCAACAAUCGCCUUUUUCGAUACGCCGAAGAAAAAGACCCUUCGCUAUGGCAUCGCUAUGUCAAUCUCGAGAAAUCGAGUCGAUUGGCGAAUCACGGUCGCAUGGACUCGGUGACUAUUCCAGAGGAUCACCAACUCGCGCGUUCCGAGACUGCAACGCGAAUUCCUUCGACCGCAUGGACACACCGAGGGCAUAAUUUCCAAGGAUUAACAGGCGUGGAGAUUAAUCCGGAAAAGGGAAAAGAUAUAAAUGUGGUUGACUGGUGGGAUGACAAUGAUCCGGAGAAUCCUCAGAACUGGUCGUUGGGCAAGAAAGUCUUCGUGACAUUUCAGAUAUGUCUGCUCACGUUCAGCGUUUAUAUCGGGAGUGCUAUUUACACUCCCGGAAUACCGACGGUGAUGGAGGAGUUUCAGAUUGCACAGGUUCCAGCUACAAUAGGCCUGACUAUUUUCGUUGCUGGUUAUGGUUUGGGUCCGCUGUUGUGGUCGCCCCUGAGCGAGGUGCCCCAGAUCGGCAGGAAUCCGGUGUAUAUUGCAACAUUGAUCCUGUUUGUGGCUCUUCAGGUUCCGACGGCACUUGCCAAAAACCUGGGAACGCUGUUGGCAUUUCGGUUCUUGACGGGACUCUUUGGUUCGCCAGCGUUGGCUACGGGGGGUGCUACACUCGCAGACAUGUUCAGUCCGGCUAAACGAGCCUACGCAAUCAGCAUUUGGGGCAUAAGCGCAAUCUGCGGGCCUGUUCUGGGACCACUUGUUGGAGGCUUCGCAGCUCAGGCCAAGGGCUGGACCUGGACGAUCUGGGAAUUGACAUGGCUGUCAGGGUUCACUCUCAUCAUGCUCAUCUUCCUACUUCCCGAGACUUCAUCGCCGAACAUCCUAUAUCGGCGGGCCCGACGACUACGCAAGCUGACCGGACGCGACAAUCUCAAAUGCGAGCCAGAAAUCGAGAGCGAAGGCCUUAUGGGCAAGGAACUCGUCAUGACCACUCUUAUCCGCCCCUUCACCCUCAACUUCUUGGAGCCUAUGGUCUUCCUCUUAAACCUGUACAUCGCGCUCAUUUACGGUCUGCUCUACGUCUGGUUUGAAUCCUUCCAGAUCGUCUUCGACGGAAUUUACGAGUUCAAUCUCGGCCAGCAGGGCCUCGCCUACAUCGGCAUCCUUGUCGGAGCAAUGAUCACUAUCCCCCCUUAUUUCUGGUGGAUGCACAAAUACCUCGAACCCAGAUUCGACGCCAAUGGAAACGUGGCGCCAGAAGCCCGCCUACCCCCAGCCAUGCUCGGUGGCUGCUUUAUUCCAAUCUGCCUCUUCUGGUUCGGGUGGAGUGCUCGACCCGGAAUCCACUGGAUCAUGCCCAUCGUCGGCUCGGGGUUUUUCUCCGUAGGAGCAUUCAUUCUCUUCAACUGCGUCUUAAAUUACCUCCCCGACGCGUAUCCCAAUUAUGCGGCGUCCGUGCUGGCAGGAAAUGAUUUGUUCCGGUCGGCCUUUGGAGCUGGAUUUCCGCUGUUUGCGUCGGCCAUGUAUCAUCAUCUCGGGGUUGGGUGGGCGAGCUCUACGCUGGCUUUUUUGUCGAUUGUGUUUAUUCCGAUUCCGCUUGUGUUAAUGAAGUACGGAGAAACGCUAAGGAAGAAUUACAGUCGGCAUGCACGCAAGGAUAUAUGA